ACCGUUAACACAACUACUAACGUUGGAAUAAUGUUAUAGGAUACGGUUGAAUAAAUACCUUAAGUUGGAGGGUACAUCUUGUAAUUUUGAAAAAACAUGGGCACGCCUUAAAAACUCAAGAACCACGGGGCAUAGCUUAAACCCAAAAAUAAAAAAUAAAAUAAAAUUCACUAGUUUUAGCAAAUUCGCAAUUUCUCACAAAACAUCUUUCUGCACUUCCACUGCUCAACUUUCUCCCUCUCUCUCUCCGCCCUCUUGCUCCCCUCUCUCUCUCCUCCUUCUCCAUUGAAGCGCACUCAACAUCGCACUUGAAGUUCUCCAUUUGUUAUCUAGAAACAAUGUUCAUCAAAGUACAACUGCCUUGGAAUGUGAUCAUCCCUUGUGAGCAUAUGGAUGUCAAAGGAUUGAUGCUGCAGAAGUCGGUCAUACUUAGGUUGAUGGAAGAUUUUGCAGCCAAGAAGGCAACAAAGGAGCUUGGCUAUCUGCUUGCGGUCACAACUCUGGACAACAUAGGAGAGGGAAGAGUCAGGCAGCAAUCUGGGGAUGUUCUUUUUCCUGUUACCUUCAGCUGUCUCACUUUCAAGAUUUUCCGUGGAGAGGUUUUGGAAGGAACUGUCCACAAGGUCUUGAGGCAUGGGGUGUUCUUGAGAUCUGGACCCAUCGAGACCAUAUUUCUCUCUGCUCAGAAGAUGCCUGGCUAUCAACAUGUUCCCGGUGAAAAUCCUAUGUUCAUAAGUGAGAAGCAGUCGAAGAUUGAGAAAGAUGUGGUGGUGCGCUUUUGUGUCAUCGGGACUAAGUGGGUGGAGACUGAAAGGGAAUUUCAGGCUGUGGUUGGUUUGGAGGGAGACUUUCUUGGACCUGUCUGAUCUUUUAACUUGUUGCAUGCUCUGCCUGAUCUGCCAAAUCUUAAAAUCUGGGUAUUUUUCUAACUGUAGUAGGAUGUAUAUAUUUGGUGUUACACCAUUAACUGUUGCUUGAAUGUGCUUGGUUCAAAGCAUUGAUUUCGGAAGUAUUAGGGUAAUGCACUAUGGAUUGUUAUUAAACCUGCCUAUGAGCUGUAUGUAAGCUUUUUAAAAGAGCAUAUGUAGACAUCAGCUUGGAAUUUGCUUUCAUAUCGUCAUUUUAUUGCUUA